CAAGUAUUGGUAUUUUAGUGUUUCUCACGUAUAAGCAAACUUCAAGCAAGCAGAUAAAAAUUAAGAAAAAACUAUUUAAUUUAUUUAAGUCAGGGAGCAAAAUAUCAUUAAGAUUUGAAUUUAUUCGAUAAGUAUCAAUUGAAAGUUCAUUGUGAUCAUCGAAGGUUUUGUGAUAGGAGCUGUGGCGAACUAAAAUAGACGAUUUAUAAAAUUUGAAUCAAGGCACUAGAAACAAGGGAGAUUAAAUGGAAGCAAAUGACGAUUUAACAAACGGAAAUGGAGGAGUUGUUGUUGUAAAGGCAAAACCAACACGAAAAGUAUUUAAAGGUGCUACAAAGACAUUCAAUAAAAUACCAAAUUCGAUACUAAACGAUGAGUUGCUUAACAAAGCAAUAUCUGCUCUGCCGAGCAAUUAUAAUUUCGAAAUCCACAAGACAAUACACAAGAUCCGAGAGACAAAGGCUAAGCGAGUAGCUUUACAACUUCCAGAAGGCUUAUUAAUGUUUGCAUGUCCAAUUUCUGAUAUCAUUCAAAAGUUCACUGACGCUGAUACAAUCAUAAUGGGCGAUGUGACUUAUGGUGCAUGUUGUGUCGAUGAUUAUACAGCCGGUGCUUUAGGAUCUGAUCUCUUGAUUCAUUAUGGACACAGUUGUCUAGUUCCAAUUGAUCAAAUGGAUGGAAUUAAAGUAUUGUACGUUUUUGUUGACAUCAAGAUUGACUCACUUCAUUUUGUCGAUACAAUAAAACUGAAUAUUACCGCAGGAAGGAAACUUGCUUUAGUUAGUACAAUACAGUUCGUUGCCACGCUACACAGUGUAGCUAAUGAUUUGCGCGAAGCUGGAUUUGCUGUUUCAAUACCUCAAACUAAGCCACUUAGUCCUGGAGAAAUUUUGGGUUGUACAGCUCCUCGUAUAGCAGAAGACGCAACCCUUAUCUAUCUUGGUGAUGGGCGAUUUCAUUUAGAAGCCGCUAUGAUAGCCAAUCCAAAAGCUGAAGCAUACAAAUACGAUCCAUACGAUAAGAAAUUUACUCAGGAAUAUUACGAUCAUGAAGCAAUGAGAAAGGGUCGCAAAAUGGCGAUUGAUAAGGCAAGACGAGCAAAGAGAUUUGGUUUGAUUCUCGGAACUCUUGGUCGACAGGGUUCAACAAAAGUUUUAACCUACCUUCAAGAAAGAUUAAAAAUGCAUGGACGUGAAAGUUCUGUAAUUCUGUUGUCAGAAAUCUUUCCAAGUAAAUUAGAAUUAUUUAAAGAAAUUGAUGCAUUUGUACAAAUUGCAUGUCCUCGAUUAUCAAUUGAUUGGGGUACAGCAUUCUCCAAGCCACUUUUAACACCAUAUGAGUUGUCUGUAACUUUGGGUGAUAUUCAAUGGAGAAUCGACGAUGCACCAAGCGAAAAGGAUAAAGGUUUAAACUAUCCAAUGGACUUUUAUGCUACAUACUCGCUUGGAAAUUGGACUCCAAAUUACAAGCCUAAGCCAGCUGAUAUUUCGUGUGAGAAUGCGCUUAAUGGUGGCUGUUGUGGUCGGUGCUUAGAUGAGUUUGAAGAGAAAAAGAAAACAGGCGAGGAACCCGAGAUGAAAAUAGAAUUAUAAGUUACCUAAUUAGCUGUUUAAAAUUAAAUUAAAUUUGAUGUGAAAUAACUUUUAAAAAGGUAGAGAAGAAUCACAUCUAUAAUGAUACGAGGAA